ACAAGAAGGUCACGGAGGCGACACUCGCACUCGAGCUGGUCCACGGCGACUUUGCCGACGCCGUGCUGCGAAACCUGUUCGGUCUACGAUCCACUCGCUCUGGAGCUUCCUGGAACGACUCGAACGACCCCUCCGCCAAGAACCUCAUUCCAGAGGAGACACUCUUCCGGAUGGCCUCGGGUGGCAACCUCGCCGCAGCGAUGAUGGACCAGCUUACCAAGCACCAGGCCGCCGAAGCCGAGAAGAAGAAGGCCACCAAAGACGAGACGUUGAGACGCAGGACCGCCCAGAAGCAGACCACCGGUCCCAAGGCCAACCCCCCGAAGCCAUCUGCCGGCACGUUCUCUUCUCUCCGUGGGUUCUUCCCAGAUCCACCUGCCAUCGAAGAUGACGAGGCCGCUGCCCAGGCUUGCAUCACGGCGGCCAAGCAAAUGGCGAAUAGGCUGGAGUAUCGCACCUUCUCCAUCACCCCCGGUGUGCUUCUGCAGCAAGCAGCCGAAUGGGCUCAGACCCCGUCCAAGUACAUCCUGCGCGCCAUUGAGAUCUAUCUCGGCGAUCACCCCAACGAGCGCAUCGCUACGGCGCAAGCGCCAGCUCCCGACUCCAACUCCGAGCCCACUCCGACGCCCACCCCCUUCAUCAUACCCAUCAUCAACAGCCGCCCCGCGAAUCGAUCGAAGCCCGUCAAGCGAGACUCGCUCGCCCCCCGCGAUUCUGUCGUGGCGACCCCCAGCUCACCGCAACCCAUCCCGAUCGCCCAACCCGAUAAGACUUUACCGAGCAACGAUGACGGGUCUCGUAAGGGCGACGUCGACACCCCGAUGGUCAACGCCAAUGACGACCCGUCCGCCACGGUCGACAGCGUCCGCGACCAACCCAUGUCCAACGAUGGUGGUUCAACAGGCAACGGAGCAGACAAGCAAGAGGACGAGCACGAGUCUCUCGUCGCUGGCGACACCGGCACAAAUGGCGGCAUAGAGCCCGAACCCGACACCGCGACUCGUUUGACUCGCGAUGAAAUCGACCUCUUCGUCACCAACAUGGCAAACCUCAAAGAAGUCAAGCGUUUCGGAAUCGCACAACUCCAACUCACAUUCCCCAAGAACAUCCGCCGCGGCGAAGGCAACGACCUCGUCAUCGAAGCUUGGGAUCAGGCCGGAACGCCGCCGUUGCGAACUGAUUUUCCCCCACGCAGGUAUACGUUCUUCCUCCUGUCCAUGUCAUCUGUAGCCAACGUCCAACAGCAAUUCCCCGAGCACGGAAUGACCAUGGAUCAAGUUCUCAUCCGCCCCCCCCCGCCUUCCUCAUCCGCCCUCCCUUCCUCAUCCGGCGGCGUUGAGAGAGCCAUGUUCGUAGGGGCCGAUGUCCGCGCCCCGGGGCCGCCGAUAAUGGCCAUUCUCUACGGCGAAACAUGGGAGAAAAAUGCAAAAACGUAA